AUGAAGAGUUGCAAAAACAAUGCAAACUUCUUCUGGUGCAACUUGAAAAAGAAGCUACGAUUGGAUGGACGAAAUUUUGAAGAUUCAAGAAACAUUUCGAUAUACUUUCUGGGAGAACACGGAAAUGUAGAGGUUUCUAUUGGGCACACAAAAGUUAUAUGCAGAAUCACGAGUGAAAUUGUGAAGCCAUUUGAUAAGAAACCAAACGAAGGAAUAGUAAAAGUAAAUUUAGAUAUAGAUAGUUUUACAAACGCAAAUGAUAAUUCCCAAAUUAGUGAUGAAUGUUUGGAAAUUAGAAAUUUAAUUGAAAGAAUUUUAAAAUCAAGUAAUCUUUUAAAUUUUGAAUCUUUGUGUAUUAUCCCCCAAAAGAAAGUGUGGUGUUUGUUAGUAAACAUUAUUGUCAUAGAAAAUGAUGGGAAUUUAUAUGACUCUUGCUAUUUGUCUGCCUACAGUGGAUUAGUACAUUAUCGAAACAAUGAAGUGACAGUUGAUAACAGUGGAAAUAUUAUUAUCGAAGAAGGGGAGACAAGUUACACCCCCUUGUCAAUUCAUAAUACUCCUAUUUUGACUACCUUUGCGUAUUUCAAUUGUGAAGCCAUAUGCCUGAUCGAUCCGUCCAUACAGGAAGAAGAAUUUAUGUCUUCCAAAUUAUCCGUUGCACUUAACAAAAACGGAAAAUUAGUGAGUAUAUUGAAACCGGGGGGGUCCCCUAUAUCGUAUGAAAAAAUACUUGAAGCUAUCGAGCUAGCGAAAAAAAGAGUUAAAAGCAUUUUGAAAAUUUUAGAAGAUGCGUUAGAGGAAGAUAAACAUUUAAGAAAUAGCUUGAAAAAGAAAAAUUUACAGAUCAAAUAUUCUUCCAAUCCUGUGCACAUAAAAUAUGAUGACGCACGUGUUCAUGCAAAACCGCUGGUUAUCCCCACCAACAAAUCAGUAAAAAAUAAUCUCAACAUUGAAAAAAUUAUAAAGAAAUAUGAACAGUACAUAUAUUCGCAGGAGGUGAAGAAGGAAGGAAAAGAAAAAUCGGCGCAGGGGGAGACAACCCUAGGGGACACUACGCGCACAAGUCAGUACCUGUUAAACGAAGAGCUUCGAAAAUUGAAGCAGAAAAGGGGAAUGAAGAAUGGUGAGGAGUUUGCCUACAUGGAUAAGUAUGAUGACGAUAUCAGCGAGAUCAGCGACAUCAGUAGUAACUUCGGCACAGGAAACGAAGUGGACCUUAGAAAUGCAGAUGUGGGGAAGAUAAAGAGACAAGAAUUCAGCGACGGCAACUCGCAUCUGCAUAAUUUGAAAAUGCAAAGAACAAGCGAGGUGUCCCGAAAGGAGAUAACUAACCCUCCAGAGUGUCAACCGAUGGGUGUCACCAGAACUGCGAACGAUAGGAUAGACGCCACUGUUCGCUCAAACCCGUAUUUUAAGGGAUACCCAAGUUUCCAGGACCAGAAAAGGAACGCGAGUGCCAAGAAGCACGCCGACUCGUCUGUCGUCUCGAAUGACGAUUCAUCCGACAUAGACUUCUCCGUGGCGAUUAACCAGAAUUUGAAGAAAACAAAGAGGAAAAAAAGCUAA